UAAACAUCUUGUUAGUAUUAUUCCAACAGUCGUCGGAUCGACAUCUUCCUCGGUGUAGACUGAAUUUUCUCCCUUCUGUUGAGGAACAAUGGCGGAGCUGCUAAAUUUAAACACUGAUCAAAUGCUACCGAUCAUAAAGUAUAACAAAUUUUUCAAUCCGAACGUCUGCCACGUUUGCAAGAGCACGUCUCAGGAAGACUUGCUGACGUGUCCUUCGUGCCGCAUGAUCACCUAUUGCAGCAAGCUGCACCAGGCGAUGCACUUGAACGAACACAGCCAGAUCUGCGACAUUAUAAUAAAAACGAAUUUAACUAUGAAGAACAUGCAGUGCUCGACAGGCCUGAUGGAUUCGCAGUGGGUCGCUUUCAAAAUGGCGAACAUACAGAACAUCACGCAGCAGCUGCAUCGUGAUCUGCUGCCGUACGAGGAACAAAUGUUCCUCUACCCGAAGUCGUGUCUCGUCUGUCAUACGCAGAAAGACGUGACGACCGUUUGCGAGAGAUGCUUUUCCGUCAACGUCUGCAGUAAACACAAAUUGCAUAAUUAUUCCCACGAUUGUUUCUUCCUCAGGAUUUGCCUCGACACCGAUAAGAUAUGCGCCAACGGGGAUCAAUACCGAGACAUUCCGGAGCUGUUGCCGUUGAUGGAAAUCAUUCCUUUGUUUGAGAUGGGAUCGUUAGUUGCAACAUUGCUCAGAAACGGGAAGGAGAAUGCUUCUUGGUCCUUCACGCACAUCAUUUACAGCGAUGUCUUGUCGGAGCUGUUCACAUUGUUUUACGGAUUAAAACUGACAAACCUCAUCAACAAUUCGAGUCUGAGCAAGGAGUUCGUCAUACAUAUUGUUGUCGAUGUCGACAUUAUGGAUCUGUGGAACUUGUCACUUUGGGAAUUACUUCUACACGUUCCUGGUAUGAGCAACAAGAUAACGGUAAUAAUUGUAGGGACGACGAUAUCGAGAAACGAAUUUAACUUCAUCGAUGUUUGCGAGGAAUGCACAAAAUGUGGCAGGGAAUUGAAUUACAACUGUUUGUUCAUGUUUUACCACGAAUAUACGCGUAGUGCUGUGUAUAAGAAACCGCAUGUGGUUGUAGUAUUCGACGUAGAGUUCGAAAAGGGGGGGAGACCUAAAAAAUUAAUUACCGCACUGUGCGAUCAACAGUGUCCGGUGAUAAUAACGGCUAAAUCGGAAAGUAAAGCGCUACGAAUCAUAGAUUUGAUAAGGAAAAAACUGGUCCCUGGUCCCGUGAAGCCCAUGUUUUAUGCAAAGAACAGAUUCGCGUCUUUAAGACCAUACAGAGAUUACGACGGUUGCUCUGUAUACUUCCCUCAUGAGCGUAUAAUUAUAUAUCGAAAUUUAAUCGAUACAAACAUAACUGAUUUAGACGCGAGAAAUCUGAUAAACGAUUCGAACCGAAGCAUCACCAGCUCAUUAUAAAAAAUUAACGGAGAGCUCAUUAUCGAUUAUAUCGUCGCUACGAUGGGGGACAUCUUUAAAAACGAUAUAAAAGAUGAGUCCUUUUUACCAACGUAGAAGUAGUUUUAUAGUUACUGUUCUUACUAUACUCUGUUACAUUUUGUAAUUAUUAUUAAUUAUGUGUCUCUGAUUAUAUGUCCGCGAACCGUUCGCUGUACAUGGUAAAGUUAUGCAAACGGAUUAAUCGAGUCGUUUGACGGAGAAAUAGUGACAUUUUUGCUUAUAUUAUUGAUAUUAUUGCUUGUAUUUGCGGUAAACUACUAGUAAACAAGGAUAAAUACAAUUUCACCAGCUUAGAGCUCUAUUACAUCGUCUAGAUUAUCACUUCAUUAUUACGGAAACAAAUCAUAAGUACACUAAGAAGAA